AUGGCUAAGAAGAAGUCGCGCAUCAUAAACGUCCGUCUCAUCUCCAUGGCCAUGACGGGCUUCUUCUACAACUUCAAGCGUCCCCGUACCGCCAAUCCUAUGGGCAUGCUCAAAUACGACCCCAUCGGUAAAUUCGACCUCCAACCUCCAACCCUUUCUUUGCUUCUUCAUCUUCUUCACCGACGCGAGCCCAUCAUCGGAGACGGAAAAAUCAAGUAG